AAGAGGAGGGGGAGGAGGAGGAAGCACAGCAUGCUCCCAGCUCCUUGCAUAGGACCCGAGGGGAGCAGAGAGGAUUGGGGAGCAACCAGACUAAUUAGGAAGGCAAAGAAAUCGUAAAGAUAACAGUAAUACCAGCUGUCAUGUCCUGAACAUCCGUCCUGCCUCCAGCAAUGCUGGAGUGAUGCAGUGACACUUGGAUCUCUCAAAGGAUUCUUGCAAACGUCUCGGAAGGGCUGUUUUUACAGGUGAGCAAACGGAGGUCCACAAGGCCUAAAAGGUCUCACUGCAAACCAGAAGCUGGAUGAGGAAGAUUCAGAUUGAGGGCUCCCUGCGAGCGCUUGGCAAGGCUGCCUCCUCCUGACCCUUCCAUCUCAGCCCAAUGUCACUUGCUCAGAAAAGCCAUUUCCGACUCCAGAGGGGCCCCCGCCCUCCGCAAGCCCCCCCAACGCUCUGGUGGCGCUUGGAGGGCUUCCCGGAUCGGCAGGAUGUACCCCCAGGGAAGGCACCCGACCCCGCUCCAGUCCGGCCAGCCCUUCAAGUUCUCGAUCUUGGAGAUCUGCGACCGCAUCAAAGAAGAAUUCCAGUUUCUCCAGGCGCAGUACCACAGCCUCAAGCUAGAAUGUGAGAAGCUGGCCAGUGAGAAAACGGAAAUGCAGCGACAUUAUGUCAUGUAUUAUGAGAUGUCUUAUGGGCUCAACAUUGAAAUGCAUAAGCAGGCGGAGAUUGUGAAGCGUCUGAGCGGUAUCUGCGCUCAGAUUAUCCCCUUCCUGACCCAGGAGCAUCAGCAGCAGGUGCUCCAGGCCGUAGAGCGCGCCAAGCAGGUCACCGUGGGGGAACUGAACAGCCUCAUUGGGCAGCAGCAGCUCCAGCCGCUGUCCCACCACGCACCCCCUGUGCCCCUCACCCCCCGCCCAGCUGGGCUGGUGGGUGGCAGUGCUACGGGGCUGCUCGCCCUGUCUGGAGCCCUGGCUGCCCAGGCUCAGUUGGCUGCGGCUGUCAAGGAGGACCGUGUGGGCGUGGAGGCCGAGGGGUCCAGAGUGGAGAGAGCCCCGAGCAGGAGUGCGUCUCCCUCGCCUCCUGAGAGUCUCGUGGAGGAGGAGCGACUGAGUGGCCCUGGUGGUGGUGGGAAGCAGAGAGCAGAUGAGAAAGAGCUGUCCGGACCUUAUGAAAGUGACGAAGACAAGAGUGACUACAAUCUGGUGGUGGAUGAGGACCAACCCUCAGAGCCCCCCAGCCCGGCUACCACCCCCUGCGGAAAGGUACCCAUCUGUGUUCCUGCCCGUCGGGACCUGGUGGACAGUCCGGCCUCCUUGGCCUCUAGCCUUGGCUCACCGCUCCCUAGAGCCAAGGAGCUCAUCCUGAAUGACCUUCCCCCCAGCACUCCUGCCUCCAAGUCCUGCGACUCCUCCCCGCCCCAGGACGCGUCCACCCCUGGGCCCAGCUCAGCCAGUCACCUCUGCCAGCUCUCUGCCAAGCCAGCGCCUUCCACGGACAGCAUCGCCCUGAGGAGCCCCCUGACUCUGUCCAGUCCCUUCACCACGUCCUUCAGCCUGGGCUCCCACAGCACCCUCAAUGGAGACCUCUCUGUGCCCAGCUCCUAUGUCAGCCUCCACCUGUCCCCUCAGGUCAGCAGCUCUGUGGUAUACGGACGCUCCCCCAUGAUGGCAUUUGAGUCUCACCCGCAUCUCCGAGGGUCAUCCGUCUCUUCCUCCCUACCCAGCAUCCCUGGGGGAAAGCCGGCCUACUCCUUCCACGUGUCUGCGGACGGACAGAUGCAGCCCGUGCCCUUCCCCUCGGAUGCACUGGUGGGCGCAGGCAUCCCACGGCACGCCCGGCAGCUGCACACGCUGGCACACGGCGAGGUGGUCUGCGCAGUCACCAUCAGCGGCUCCACGCAGCACGUGUACACGGGCGGCAAGGGCUGUGUGAAGGUGUGGGACGUGGGCCAGCCUGGGGCCAAGACGCCCGUGGCCCAGCUCGACUGCCUGAACCGAGACAACUACAUUCGCUCCUGCAAGUUGCUGCCGGAUGGCCGGAGUCUGAUAGUGGGCGGUGAGGCCAGCACCUUGUCCAUUUGGGACCUGGCGGCACCCACGCCCCGUAUCAAGGCCGAGCUAACCUCCUCGGCCCCGGCCUGCUACGCCCUGGCCGUCAGCCCCGACGCCAAGGUUUGCUUCUCCUGCUGCAGCGAUGGCAACAUUGUGGUCUGGGACCUGCAGAACCAGACUAUGGUCAGGCAGUUCCAGGGCCACACGGACGGUGCCAGCUGCAUUGAUAUUUCCGAUUACGGCACUCGGCUCUGGACAGGGGGCCUGGACAACACGGUGCGCUGCUGGGACCUGCGGGAGGGCCGCCAGCUGCAGCAGCACGACUUCAGCUCCCAGAUUUUCUCCCUGGGUCACUGCCCUAACCAGGACUGGCUGGCGGUCGGAAUGGAGAGUAGCAAUGUGGAGAUCCUGCACGUCCGCAAGCCGGAGAAAUACCAGCUGCACCUCCACGAGAGCUGCGUGCUGUCCCUGAAGUUUGCCUCCUGUGGACGGUGGUUUGUCAGCACUGGGAAGGACAAUCUGCUCAACGCCUGGAGGACGCCGUACGGGGCCAGCAUUUUCCAGUCCAAGGAGUCAUCCUCAGUCCUGAGUUGUGACAUCUCCAGGAAUAACAAAUACAUCGUGACAGGCUCGGGGGACAAGAAGGCCACCGUGUAUGAGGUGGUCUACUAAGACAUGACCCCCACUUCCUGUACCCGAAGUCUGGACUCCUAGGGGAAGCAGCAGCCGCCUCGCAGCCCUGCCUAGGAACCGUUCAUCCCACUGCUCUCUGGCCAACAGCUUCACACCUUCCCCUGCUGCAUGUGGGGGCCGAUGGGCAGAGGACCUUGGUAGAAAUAAAAUGUAUUUAUCACA